AAUACGAACAAGAAGAAGAACAGUCUGCUGCAAUCAUAUGACUUGUCGAUCGAUAGAGAAAAAUAAAGGUUGAAUAUUCGUCGUGCUCUGCUACGUGUUGGUUUAAAAAAGCGUUUGCAACAGUUUUAACAAACACUUACCAGCCCCAAAACAGCCGAACGGAGUGCAUCCACCCAGCCAAGCCAAACCAAGUGAAUUCCAGCGAAUUUCCAAUCUCAUCUCUGUCUCUGUCGCUCUCGCUCGUUCUUCCAUCCCCAUUUUUUGUGCAUUAUGGACAGCUCGGGAUUCAUGUUCAACGUAGACAAUGGCUACCUGGAGGGCCUCUGUCGCGGCUUCAAGUGCGGCAUACUCAAGCAGGCCGACUAUCUCAACCUGGUCCAAUGCGAGACGCUGGAAGAUCUAAAGCUGCAUCUGCAGGGCACGGACUAUGGCAGCUUCUUGGCCAAUGAGCCGUCGCCGCUUUCGGUGUCGGUGAUCGACGACAAGCUGCGCGAGAAGCUGGUCAUUGAGUUCCAGCAUAUGCGCAACCAUGCUGUGGAGCCGCUGUCGAACUUCCUCGACUUCAUCACGUAUGGCUAUAUGAUUGACAACAUCAUAUUGUUGAUCACGGGCACACUCCAUCAGCGCCCCAUCUCGGAGCUGAUACCCAAGUGUCAUCCGUUGGGUAGCUUCGAGCAGAUGGAGGCCAUCCACGUGGCCUCAACGCCCGCCGAGCUCUACAAUGCGGUUCUGGUGGACACGCCUUUGGCCCCGUUCUUUGUCGACUGCAUUUCGGAACAGGAUCUGGAUGAGAUGAACAUUGAGAUCAUUCGUAAUACCCUGUACAAGGCAUAUCUGGAGGCAUUCUACAACUUCUGCAAGAACAUGGGCGGCUCCACGGCCGAUGUUAUGUGCGAGAUCCUAGCGUUCGAGGCCGAUCGUCGUGCCAUCAUCAUUACGAUCAACUCCUUCGGCACGGAACUUUCGAAGGACGAUCGGGCCAAGCUCUAUCCCAACUGUGGCAAGAUGUAUCCCGAUGGCCUUGCCGCCCUCGCCAGGGCCGACGACUAUGAGCAGGUGAAAACUGUCGCCGAGUAUUACGCGGAGUAUGCAGCUCUAUUCGAUGGCUCCGGCAACAAUCCCGGAGACAAGACGCUCGAGGAUAAGUUCUUCGAGCACGAGGUCAAGCUGAAUGUGUUCGCGUUCUUGCAACAGUUCCACUUUGGUGUCUUCUACGCGUAUCUGAAGCUCAAGGAGCAGGAGUGCCGCAAUAUCGUCUGGAUCGCCGAGUGCGUUGCCCAGAAGCAUCGCGCCAAGAUCGACAACUAUAUACCCAUAUUCUAAGCCGAUCUAAACAACUGAAACAAAAACAAAA